GACGGUUAACAAAGUCGGGCUCACUGAAUCGGGCAGAGCUAAGAAAGUUCAUUUUGCAAAUGUGAAUCUUGGAGCAUUGGGGAUGUCAGCUGAGUGUGUUCGGAGGUCUGAAUCAAGUCAGGGGUUUCGUGACAGUGGGAGCAUGGGACGUGUUCCGGGUACAAUUCUGAUACGCCGUUGGGUUUUGAAGAAAUGAAGACCAAGAAUCCGAAUGUUAAAAUCUCUCUUGGGAAUAUUUUGCUGGAUUUGGAGAGUAGUAAUGGUCCUCGGUGUAUCUCUGGAUCCGGUGGAUUGUGCAAGCCGGUUGAGACAGGCUGUGGCGGUUACAGUCACGACUGGAUUCAUAGGGACUUCCGUAAACCUCUCAUCGUGAUGUCUCCAAAGAACUUGCUUCAUCACAAAGACUGCAAAUCAAACCUAUCCGAGUUGGAUGAUGAACAAGGGCAUCCUGGUUUUGAUAAACAAGGCACCAGAUUUAAGCGCCUUAUCAAGGAUCAGAAUAACCAUUCUGAUCUGGAGGAGGGCAUUCGGCGUUUGAUCCUUUGCUCGGGAAAGGUGUAUUACGAGCUUGACGAGGAGAGAAAGAAGGUUGGAAGAAAAGACGUUACUAUUUGUAGGGUUGAGCAGCUUUGUCCUUUCCCAUAUGACCUCAUCCAGCGUGAAUUGAAGCGAUAUCCAAAGGCAGAGAUCGUGUGGUGCCAAGAAGAGCCUAUGAACAUGGGGGCAUAUAAUUACAUUGCGCCACGCCUUUGUACUGCAAUGAAAAGCCUUGGGAGAGGCAAUAUGGAUGACAUCAAAUAUGUGGGCCGCGCUCCCUCGGCCUCCACAGCCACUGGUUUCUAUCAGGUUCAUGUUAAAGAGCAGUCGGAGAUCGUGCAGAAAGCCUUGCAGCUUGAUCCUAUCAACUAUCCCUUAUGAUGGACGCCCAUCAUUUACGCCAAACUUGGUAUUCUUCUUGCUUUCAAAAAAUAAUUCUUUCUCGGCAAAUCCGACCAAUUUUUCUCUUGAUUCUUUCAUGCCAUAAGCAAUGUUCCUUUUUAUUUUUUUUCAAAAAGAAAAAAAAACUAUGACAAUAUCCCAAGUUUCGCACAUUUUGUGCUUCCAAUUCUAGGUUUGUAUUUCUCAUCAAUAAAUCAAAGUUUUAUCAGUGUUGAUGUUAAUGGUCUCUGCUUCACCGGCAUUGAGUGCAUGUGAGAUUGUGUUGAUUCUUUCGCUACUUAUUUUCCUUCCCUUUGUCUCAUCCCCUAAAACUCAUCACCCGUGAAGCGGGGACCAUUAUACUUACACACGAGCAAAUUUGUCGAAGAAAUAUGAAAUUUGGGAUGGUUAGUAUAAAACGUGGGAACUUUU